AUGUCUUGUUGUGGUAGAAAUCAUCGGGGUCAGUGUCUUGUUAGUGCUGGUGUGUGUUACCAGUGUGGACAGUCAGGGCAUUUCAAGAGAGAUUGCCUACAGUUGAGAGUAGUGGUUCAAAGGGAUCAAGGAGUUGGGUCUCAGGCAGUUAAGCAAUCGAGAUUUUUAGCGACUCUGACAGAGGGCACCAACGGUGCAAGGCAAAAGGAAGUUGUUGGAAGACCUAGGCAACGAGGAAAGGUUUAUGCUAUGACUCAACAAGAAGUGGAGGAUACAUCAGACGUUAUUACAGGUACGAUUUUUAUUUGUAAUGUGCCAGCACGUGUUUUAUUAGAUCCAGGUGCUAUGCAUUCCUUUGUUUCUAGUAUAUUUCUUACUAAGCUAAAUAGAAUGAUAGAGCCUUUAUUUGAGGGGUUAUCUAUAUACACUCUAGUUGGUGAUAUUUUACUUGUCAACGAGGUAUUACGUAAUUGUGAGGUUUUAGUAGAAGGUCUCAGUAUGUUAGCGGAUCUUCUUCCACUAGAGUUGCAGAUGUUGGAUGUAAUUUUGGGAAUGGAUUUCUUAUGCACUCACUAUGUUGGAUUGCCAUAA